CCCUGGAGCACGGAGAGGGUAGGGGCUUGGUAUAAUGGUCAGCAGCGGAAGCCCUGUCAGGUAGCUGCCGUUGUAGGAUUAAUCAGAACCGAUGAUCCCAGGACGGAGCCGGCGGGACCGGAGCCAGCAGGUCUUUGUUGGUAUCUAAUAUGAUGCCUAGCACAGUACUUCCGGUGCUAAACUAUCUUCGAUAGCAUUUCCAGUGAUUGGGAGGUCUGUGAGUUCAAGAUUUGUGCCAUAUCCAAACUGGAAUCAUGUCCGUCAUGAUGGUGCGGAAGAAGGUGAUGCGGAGGUGGGAGAAACUCCCUGGAAAAAACACCUUCUGCUGUGAUGGCCGUGUGAUGAUGGCAAGACAAAAAGGGAUCUUCUAUUUGACUCUAAUACUUAUACUGGGCACAUGUUCCCUCUUCUUUGCUUUUGAGUGUCGCUACCUCGCUGUGCACCUUUCCCCAGCAAUCCCUGUCUUUGCAGCAAUCCUCUUUUUGUUCUCUAUGGCUACUUUGCUAAGGACGAGUUUUAGUGACCCUGGAGUGAUACCGAGAGCUUUGCCAGAUGAGGCGGCAUUUAUUGAAAUGGAAAUCGAGGCAGCCAAUGGAAAUGUACCACAAGGGCAGCGACCGCCACCUCGUAUAAAAAAUGUCCAAAUCAACAAUCAGAUAGUGAAACUGAAAUAUUGCUACACCUGCAAAAUAUUUCGUCCUCCCAGGGCCUCACACUGCAGUAUCUGUGAUAAUUGUGUAGAGCGAUUUGACCAUCAUUGUCCAUGGGUUGGCAACUGUGUUGGAAAGAGGAAUUAUCGCUACUUCUACCUCUUCAUCCUCUCCUUGUCCCUCUUGACAAUCUACAUCUUCACUUUCAACAUCGUCUAUGUUGCCCUAAACUCAUUGAAAGUUGGCUUCCUGAAUACAUUGAAAGAGACUCCAGGAACUGUUCUGGAAGUGUUUAUCUGUUUCUUCACUCUAUGGUCUGUGGUAGGAUUAACUGGUUUCCAUACAUUCCUUUUGUCACUCAACCAGACUACAAAUGAAGAUAUAAAAGGAUCCUGGACCGGUAAAAACCGUGUACAAAACCCAUACAGCCAUGGCAACUUGGUUAAGAACUGCUGUGAAGUAUUGUGUGGUCCAGUGCAACCAAGUGUGCUUGAUAGAAGGGGAAUAUUACAGGAACAGAUUCCAUUGCCCCCUGAAAAGGAAAACUGUCCACAUCCAGAAUCGGUGGCUGCCGACCCGCUGAUAUUGAACGAAAAACUGGAAAAGCCUGCAUCGCCAGAGAAAGAAGCAGAACCUAAUGCUCUUGAGAUGACAGUUCAGAUUCCCAAAGAAUUAGAGGGAACAAAUGAUGUGGAAAAGUAGGGGGAAAAUGUGAAAAGUACUGGGGUAAUAGAGAAGAACAACAAUGAGAAAGGGACAAAUGACCUUAUAUGCCAUUUUUCAUUAGUGUUUGCUUGUGUUAAGUAUGAAGGUGAUGUCUUGUGGGAUGAAGAAACCUCUUUAUCAGCCUGGCAAAGUGAUCGUUUAAUCAGACUUCAGGUGCUAGCUGAAUAUGCCAAUGACAGCUAAGGAGAACUGUUCAAAGCAAGAAUUUGGCCUUAUGGUUUUGCACAACUUUUGCUCGUUGGAGCUGGUUCUUCACAUUGUAUUCAAUCAUCAUCUGCAGUGUGCAUUCCAUAAAAAGACAAUGAAAGUAGACAUUUCUAGCCGGCCCAACCAUCAGAGAUGGUACUUGCUAUAGUGACUGGUUGCAUCAAAGAAAUGAAGAGCUGCAGCUACAUAAUGUCAUAAAAUUGGCACCUUUAUUUAAGAAAUGCAUUGCUUUGUAUUUUAGUCACUAUGCCUGUCUGCAAGCAAGAAGCUGGAAGAACAAUCCUCUUAGCUAUGGAAUCCUUCUGCAUUUCCUCUUUAGUACCAAGAGAGAUGCUGCAAGUUAAUAGACUGUACUUGUUCAACUGUCUCUCUGCCCAAAAAAGAUCAUCUCUCCCUUCUCUAAAAUGAAGUUCCCAAAUCCUACUAACAGAGUUCUUCUAUUAUCAGUACUAAUCCAGGGUGUAGAUGUGUUCUGAUUACCAUCAUCACAAAGUAUAAGCUCAACGUUAUUCCUUCCUUUUCUUGUUUUGAUCACUUUGAUCCUCAAAAGCUCCACGUUUUGUAGAUUUGUGGUCUUGUGGUUGUAACAAAAUCAUAGUUUCAGGCUGUAGGAGUAGGGCAGUAUAUGACAAGCCAAUAUGUGUUUGUUUUUCUUUUUCUUUUAUUCUUUUAAAUAGUUUGAGAGCCUCUUCUGAGUUGUAUAGAAGUUUACGCUGCUGGUUUCUUUAAAAAAAAAAACAUUGCUGCAGAAAAUGUUAACAUAAUUUAAAAAAUGAUAUCUAAUUUAUUUGUUUAUACAAUAUUUUUUUUAUAUAUAUAGUUUUUCCAUGACAUGAUUUUUUUUUUUGUUUGACACUGAGAUUGGUGGGGGUUAUUAUUAUUUUUAUUUUUGUAAAUUGCCUUGUUUUAAAAUAUACUUUAAUUGGUAGGUGAAUAUUUUGAGUGUCCUUGUUUAAAAGCCCAUGUUGUCAGCUGCAUACUUUGAUAGACAUUAGAUUUUUAAGCCUUAUAUGGAUAAACUUUAGGGCCGUAUAAUGCAGUUUUACCUGAUCAUUCAGGGCAGAAGCUUUUGGCUUUAGUUUUAGGAGCACUAGGUUCUAUAUUUAAAUAGGUUAGAUGAAGGUGCUCUCAGCCUAUUGAAUUGAACCCCCUUAAACUUGGGGAUGAAUAUAUCUAAAUCUCCUUUUUUUUUUUUUUUUUUUUUUCCUUUCUUUUUUUUUUUGUCUGGGUCUAAAUGUGAGAAGCAUUUGUGCCACAAUAGUUUUAAGCAUGUUUUUUUUAACAGACAAAAUAACAAAAUAUGCAUUUGGUGAAUUCUCAUUUAACAUAAAAUGUAAACGCUGUAAUUUAAUGUCUUCUUGUAGGACUUCUCAUACUCCUACACACACUUUACAAGCAGUAUACUGUUUUAUGCAGACUAAUCAUAGCCUCUCAAUAUUAAGUGUAAAUUGUGCUUCCAAAGCAUUACACAAUGGUGCCUGUUUUGAAAGCAGAACUUUUUAUUGUUGUUAAUGUUUGUUUUUUUUGUUUUGUUUUUAAAAACCUAGAUUAUGUGGUUCAGUUGACCAAAUGCAAUGUUAAAAGAUUCAUAGCUUAUGAUAAUGAAUCAUUUUUUUUAAUUUAUAUUUCUUUUUGGAAUUAGAGCAGUGCAACUUAGUUCUUCCAUGAAGAGGUUCUUUUUUUAAAUAUGUUUGGCGCCAAAUCUGUAUUUUGAAUGAGUUUUUAAUAUGACGGACAUGAUCGGUGCCAUGAAAUUUUAAAUACUGAAUAUUCUCUAAAUUAUUUAAAUUUCACAUUCAUUUUGUAUGUUUUUUUUCUGUACUCUGUGAAAAUAGAUUUUGAGUCAGUUAGACUCCGAGAAAAUACUAAACCAUAACUAGGUUCCCAGGGGAAAAAAAAAUGGACACAUAUCUCCAAUUAAAAUGGGAGUGCUCAUGUCUUCUUGUGUUUUUUCUAAGAGAUUUUUAGAGAUGUCUAAACCCAGUUUAUUUUCCAAAGAACAGCCUUGAAAUAGUUCUACAAACUUUUGUCCCAGUAGACCAAAGCUUAUGGUUUAGCUGCUCCCCACAAAUAAUGUGUAGUGGAACGCAGAGAAAUUAGAACUUAGAUUACAGUAUGUUUUCCAUGUUAAAUUGAUUGUAUAAUUGUUGGUAGAAAUUCUAAAGAUUAGACUUGUAUGUAAAACCUAUACAUGACAUUAAAACAACCAAUUUAUAUAAUCUGGGUAGCUUUACAUCUUAAAUAAGAAAUUGAUUUGUCCAGCAAGAUUCAGAUUCCUAGUCCACUCACCCAGUGGGCUGCAUUUCUUUGUUCUUUGUCUCAGGUAUUCAGUUCCAUGAGUUGAUGUUGAAUAUUUAUGGAGCACUCUCUCAUAAUUCAGGUUUUCCCCCACAUAUGGGGCUGAUGUGACCAUGUGUCAUGAGCUGCACUAUGUGCUUCCCAACUCGUAAUCCAUCCUACUCAUGACCUGAAUGCAUAAGGGCUUUGUGCGAAUAUCAAUCCUGUGCAUCUGCAUAUCCACGUCUAGCAAAAAUGUAUGGGCCUUGACGCUCACUAGUCUUAAGUGGAAGCCAUUAUAAGCAGAGCCAUAGGCCGACUUUAUUGUGUCACCAUUAUUUCAGCCAUAUAUUUUAGGAUUCUUUUUUUGCUAUUCUAAAGUGCUGUUUUUUCCCCCUAUUUUAAGAUCUAAAUGGAGGAUUUCUCUGGAUGUUAAUUCUGCUUAGAAUAUUUAUGAUAUGCAAAUAUAAAAUCAAGUAUAAUUGAAAGUUGUUGUUUUUUUUUAUCCUUCUACAAUGUUAAAGGGAAAUUGUAGAGUAAAAAUACAAUGGUAUAAUUUAUUAUUAGCAGAUCUUAUUAUUAAACAAAUACUUUUUGCAAACUAUGUAUAUAACACCAACAGAGUGCAUUAUCAGACUCAGGAGCCACAAUGCAUUGCUUCUUUUGACCAGGAUAAUGCUGACUUGCCAGUCUGAAGUGACAGACGCAUGUAGUUGCCAAUCAUCUGCUAUAUCCUGCUCAGGAACGGCAGGUGCUCUAGUUUGUGUUGAACCCGUUUUGUAAUGGUUAGAACAUAAGACCAGAUAACAUAUGUAGCAUUAACAUUGCUGGAGCUCUAGCCAUACCGUUUUUGCUCUGUUUUUACAAGUCCAUGAUUAAUAUAUAUUGUUCAAGUGGUAAUAUUAUGCACACUACACUAUUCAAGUCUUAUAGUGCAGGUUCUUUCCUUCAGAUAAUAGAUUUUUAUGAGGGCCUUGACUAAAAUUGAUGUCAGAGAACGCUCAAGCGCUCAGCAAACAGUACACUCAAGUAGUUAAGUAUUUGGUUAAGUUUUUUUGCUAUAUACCUUCCAUGUUUUUGAACGUACAAUAGCAAGCGAUAAAAUGUAAUACCUGUUUUUUUAAAAGCGCUAAAUGCGACUUGUAAUAUAACACUACUACUUCUCACUAUCUCUAUGUAUCUGGCCCAUUUCAAAAUGCUUUGGUAAAAAUACCUUGUAAAUAGGCCUGUGUAUUCGGCAGCUUCGUUAGCUGCCAAAUGCAGAAGUAGGCCUUGCGCUCCUUUUUUUUUUUUUUUUUCAGAGCCAGAUUUCUCCUUGUGAAAGUGCAACACACUAAGAUUUGGAUUUAGACAGAUCUUAGUGUGUUUCACGUUCAUAAGAAGGAAUCUGUCUCCGAAAAGAGCCUAAGGCCACUAGCUGCUAUUGUCUUACGCAUUCAGCAGAUAACGAAGCUACUGAAUGCAGAGACCUAAUUCUAACCAACAACUUUUAAUACCCCAUCGUGCUUUGUCGUUUGUGCAAGGCCAUAGUUUGCAAUAAACACUGGUUUAAUAAUAAUAUACUGUAACUAAUUACACAUUUUAUAUUAUCGCAAGAAUAUACAUUUGUUUUUUGCUUGUAAGGUGAUUCCCUCUAAUUCCAAAUGUUUAAAGUAAUAUAUAUAUAUAUUACAUUCAGUGGCGCUGUUUCCUGAAUCAUGUUUAGCUUCUGAAUCAACAGGAUUUCCCUGUAAAAGGAAAGAACUUCACUUUUGUGUGUACAGUUCAUAUUAGGUGUAUUGCGCUUAAAAUAGCUUGUUUUUUUUUUUUUUAACCUGUUUAUGCCAAUGGAAUUUUCAUUCUGAAUUUUGAACUAUAAACCUUAUUGAUAAUCGGCAAUUAUAUCUGGAUAUCCACUGUAUAUGUACAAUACAAAUAUAGUUUUAUACCUUUGCAUAUUAGAUUUAAGUGUCUUGUAUAAGAAGCUUCAGAAACUAUUAUGCACCAAGGCCUGUCAGUUUUUGUUUAAGGCAUUUAAAAAAAAUAAUGUAUCAAUAAGGAUCAGGUUUUUGCCAAAAUAGAUUACACUUCAAUAUGUUAGAAAGUAUUUAUAAAUUGUAUACAUUUUUCAUUAAAGUGUUCCAGUUGCCAGCUAUUUUGCACCAGUUUUCCUGACGCACAAAUACGCUCAUCAUGUUAACUUUGCAAUAAUAUAUUUGAACUUUAGAUGCUGACUUUCUGUAUAUUAGAAAGGGUUCGUGGACUGGACUGGAUGCAAUAAAACAGUAAAUCCCUUGUGCAAUGCAUGGAAAUAUUUUCUGUUGGAAACUCUGUAGCUUGAUUAGGAAUGGUCUUGUCUCAAUGAAAGACAACAAAUACAAUACAAUAUAGUAUACAGUAGAAUUUUUAAAGGGCCAUAAUAAUGGGGGAGGGAAAAAAAUACAUGUUAUGUUUUGUGACAGCAUAUUAAUUUAACACUAGCAAUGCCCUGACUCUGUUUAAACCCUGAAAAGGAGUCAUCCAAUCAACCGUGCUAGUCUCACAUCUAGGUCAUGCAACUAUCGCUGCUGAUUGAGUCAGUACCCUGGUUAGUACCAGCAGCAUGGGCGUUAAAAACAUGGGGCAUCGCUAGUGAUAAAAUGACCUGCUCUUACUAACUAGAACAUGUAUUUUUAUUUCAUUGUUAUGGUUCUUUAAACUUUAUUCUCUUACAAUAUUAAAAAUUGUAAAUGCAUUGCUAAAUACAAAUUGCUAUCAAUAUGAUUUGUGUUGUAGGCUAUAUAAUAUGGCUCUCACAGUAUCACCGAACAUAUAUGAAACUGCUCUAAAAUGUUGUAGUUUAAUAUCUGUUCAAUUCUUGCAGUGCCAGUUAUCACUAUGUUAAAUUGUGCAGUAUUCUUCUUUCAACUGGGUCCUUUUAUAUUUUUAUAUUAUAAGUACCAUGCAAGACUAUCCAAUGGUGACCCAGUAGUUUUUAUUGCAUAUAGGUCAAUGUCUUAUUCAGAUCUGACAUCUGAAGUAUGUUGACUGUAUCUCCUCAAUGCAGGACUUAUUUUGCUGUGUAGUCUGGUCAUAGCCCUGCAUUAUAAAUUUUAGAAACUCCUGCAUUACAAGGACCCCCUCCCCAUUAAAGGGACAGUAAACAUCCUGUAAUUACAGAACAUUUAUGUUAUGCUGCUGUAAAAUAUUAUCCAAGUCUAAACAUUUUUAAAAAAAUAACAUCCUUUUUACUGCAAUUAUUUUUCAGUAACCAAAUGCCAUUUGCCUUAUUUGGAGGAGCCAAUUAGGGACAUAGUAGCAGGUUUAGCCUUGAGAAGUCAAUAGGUGUAUUUUCAAGUUCUGAGAGUUAGAAAAUCCUCAGAUAUCAAGGCUAAAUUACAUGAAAAUGGAGCAAAAUAAAUAAUGAAAGUAUAUUGUAAAGUUAUUUUUCAUUAUAUAAUAAAACAAUUUAGAUAAAAAUAUCAAGGUGUUUACUGUCCCUUUUAAACAGUAUUAAAUGUAGAAAGCCAAGUACACAACUCAUAUCCAUAUUGUACCAGAAGAGUGAAUUGUAACAUACCUUUGUUGUAUUCCCAUGAUUCUUUGCAUGUUUAUAUUUGGAGCGUUAAUUAUAGGCUUUGUUUUGCACACCCUUUUAUCUGGAAAAAAGUAAGUGUUGGUAUCUGUGUUUUGAGCACAGAUGUGCUUAAUUAUUUGGAACUGGCUGGGUACUGAGAGGGUGGCAAUCUUAAAAACUGUUAAAUGGUUUCUGACUUGUUAUGUACAAAUAGUCUGCUAAAAAAUACUGUUGCUACUUUUACCCACAAUUGCUUUUUUUCUAGGUAUUUUAACUAACCAAUUAGUCUCACAAGCUACUGACACAUUACUUUAUUAUGUAAAAAUAGUACUUUUUUUUUUCUUUCAGGAUAGGUUCAACCUGCAGAUUCCAUUUUUAAAAUUUUUUUUAUUUAUACAUAAGUUGUGCACUGAUAUAAACACUAAAAACAAAGGAUUUAAAAAAGAAAUGACAACAAAAUGUCAGUAGCAUUUGAAGCUAACGAGGUUUUUAAUUACCCCAUGAAAAACAAAGCGAAAAUUCAGCUAUGUAUAUGUUACACUAUGAUGUGGCAACAUCGCUUCUUUUAAACAUUUCUAUCCAUUAGAGAGACCUAUGCACCUAAUAUGCAUUUUUCAUUCCCUUGCAAACAUAUGGGGGAGGCCGAAUAUGUUUUACUGUUGCUUCAUUAUCUCUUCCUUUUGGUUAAUACUUGGAACACCUACCCUACAGGCUACUGACCAAAUCCCUGUAACUUGCAAAAAAAAGUGUAUUAUUUUUAUUUUACAAAAUUCUGUAUAAAUUUGCACUUUUUGUUUCUUUUUUGUGUAUAUACUAUUCCUAACUUUUAUUUUGUAUUAUUUGAAAUUCUUUAUCUGGUAUUUUUAGUUUUCAUAAUGAAGGAAUCUUAAUCGGUUUA